UUACAUAAGUGUCACAGAUGUAUAUGUGGAGCUAAAUAUCACCCUAGGCAAACUGGAGUGAAGCAUUAGAUUCCUUUUGAUUGAUGUGAGCAGUGUGGUGAAUGACGUUUCAUUUCUGUAUUGAACCUGGAAGCCUGUGGGACUAUGCUUUACCACAGGGAAACCUGUGACCAUGCCUGGUCCAGCUCGUAGGUACUACCUGUACAUGUCAAGCCAUGCAAGUGUAGUGCUAUUACCAGGGAUGUUAAUGCUGUGAUAUUCUGGGAUUUUAUUUACAAUGUGAAAGUGAUAAUGGCUUCUCAACAGAUUAAUGAUGUGGAGGAAGAAUGUGUGCCCCCUGAUUGUAGCGGUCAGACACAACCAAUGCCUGUGGAAGACUACACACAAGUCCAGUCACACCUAGACCUGAUGGAGGAGGAUAAACCCCUCAUACCCGGGGUCACCGUCCGGGCUGCCACGCCCGAACGACUCGUCCACCUCUGUGUCGAAAGCUUUGGGAAGGACGGACGCCUGCUGGAAGACAAUGAAUUCCCCAGUGUCCUGUUCCUCAUGCACAAAUGGUUUAUGACAUCAGAUGAGAUGGCUGAGGCUUACGUGGAUCUUUAUCAGAGCUGUAACGAGACUGUGGCCUGUACUAAGCCAGGUUGUAAUCACCGCCCUUCCAGUAUAGAUUGUCAAAUCCAAAUUUACAAGGCCAAAAUUUGCUAUGCAGUCAGAUUCUGGAUCAGUAACUUUCCUGUACAUUUUGACCUCGACCUUAGACUAUCCACGGUUGUGAAAAGGUUUGCCAAUCUUGUCCAGUCGGAGGGAAAUCUCACCUUUAAGCAGCUGAUUGACUUGUCCAAAGUACCUUCGUAUGAUUGGAUGAGGAACAUGUCUGUUCGUAAUCCAUCGAUGCGGCACAACCGGAAGGUGUCUCUGGUAUUUAACCACCUUGAACCCAUAGAACUGGCUGAACACCUCACAUACCUGGAGUACAAGGCCUUUCGCCGGAUAAACUUUACGGACUUUAAGAACUAUGCAGUGACGGCCUCUCUGAAGGACAAUCCCAAAUUAGAACGAUCCAUCGCCCUGUUUAAUGGACUGUCCCAGUGGAUCCAAUGUAUGGUCCUGAGUAAGACUACACCUCAACAGCGAGCAGAUGUCAUCGUGAAGUUUGUGAAUGUCGCUAAGAAACUGAGAUUUUUACAAAACUUCAACACAUUGAUGUCUGUCGUCGGCGGCCUGACACACAGUGCUCUUGCGAGACUGGCAAAGACCAAUGCCUGUAUUCCUAGUGAGACUCAAAAGACUUUGAUGGAAUUCACAGAACUUUUAUCAUCUAAUAACAACUUCAGUAAUUACCGGAAAGUGUUUAACCAGUGUUGUGCAUUUAAGAUUCCAAUUUUGGGAGUUCACUUGAAGGACCUUAUCCUGUUGCACACAGCAUUACCAGAUAAAGUGGAGGGAAGUUUGGUGAAUUUCAGAAAAAUGGCACAGCUUUCUCAAACCCUAAAGGAGCUGACCAAGCUACAGAACCAUGACAACAUUCCUGUGUGUGCCAACAUGGACCUCGUUAAUACACUUAGGCUAUCUUUAGAUCUUCACUACACGGAGGAUGAGAUCUAUGAACUCUCACUGGCCAGAGAACCACGUAACUCCCUGUCAUCACCUUCUACUCCUACCAAACCAGUGGUAUUUGCCGACUGGCUAGCUGGAGUUAGCCCCCCUGUCCCCAACACAAUCAAUAAACAUGUACAUGAUAUGGUUGAAGCAGUGUUUAAAAACUACGACCAUGACAAAGACGGGUUUAUCUCCCACGAGGAAUUCGAGUCCAUAGCGGGCAACUUUCCAUUUAUAGAUUCUUUUUGUGUGUUAGAUGCUGACAAGGAUGGAAUGAUCAGUAAGGCGGAGAUGAAGACUUAUUUUAUCAGAGCGAAUUGCCAUGCGCUACGGAAAUGUUUUAAACACGACUUCCACGAGAUUACCUACUUCAAACCUACGUUUUGUAUACACUGUACAGGCCUGUUGUGGGGACUAAUAAAGCAAGGCUGGAAAUGUAAAGACUGUGGUAUCAACGCCCAUAAACAUUGUAAAGACCUGGUUGUGAUGGAAUGUCGAAGUAAGCAGCAUGCAUCUUGUAAUCGACGUCAGGACUCUGUGACCAACGGAACUACCACUCAGGAGUUAACAUACUCGUCAAAACGGAAAAUGUCGCAACGACAGAAACGGAAUCGUGUCCACCAGGGCACACAAACGGAAGAAAUCUAUUUUAUGGAUUAUCAGAUGAGAAAUUCCCACAUGAACGGAGACGGAGAAUUUUACGAGGAACAGAGUCAGCUCUACGAUCGACUAUUAAAGGCAGAGGAGGCCCGUGACAAGUUGAUGGCCGAAAAUAAGAAACUGGAGGCCAAGUUGGAGGCUAGCAAUGACCAAAUUGUCACUCUAAAAUCUCACGUCGGGAUGAUUCGGAAAAACACCAUCACAUUCAUCCUCGAACAAAUGGACGCUCUUCACAUUCAGCGGGAUACCGAAGUUUGAUGACAUGCUUAGUUCAGGAUUGCAACGUACAAGAAAAUCAUGAUCAUGCGACGUACAGGAGCGAUGUUAUUAGAUAUGGAUUCAUAUUGGAUCCAGGUUACAACAUUAGCUCCAACAACAACUCAGUUCCCAUAUCAUUGAAUAAUGUCACCACCCCAGACACGGGGAGGAUUUUCCUUAUUCUGAGUGUUAGUGACCAUCUACGUGAGAUAUAAGAAUAUCCUGGAUAUUGUCUCAAACGUUAAAGUGAUGGACAUCGGGAAUGAUGGAGGGACCUUGAGAUGAAUUUGAUGCGACUUAAAAGGUGCUCUAGCAAAGGAAAUGUUCUACACAGCACAACUGUGAAAAUGGCAGCCAUGUUUGAUCUCCAUGGCAACGCUGCUAUUGGUCAAAAGCAGUGUCAGUGACAAACAAUGACAAAUCCAUGUGAAUAUGACAGCCUGCUGAUGAGAACUCAUCAUUGUAAGGUGGAGCCUGUAAGAUGUGGUUGACAUAAUCUCAUUUUGUCUUGAACUUGAUUCAGGUUUUGUGAGAAGUCGGCUGUGAAAGUGUUAUCACAUGUAGAACUCUCCAGGCUGAUCUCAGAAGAGUUUCCUUAUUUGGAGCCCUGUGUCAUGACACUGUAUAUGGUAUCAAAGGUGCUUACAAUUACGUAGAGACCAAAUAUCCCACACAAGGGAGCUCAGAUCUCCACCUUGAAUCCAAACCAUGGGAGAGAAUCAGGAAAGAAUGAAAUAGUGAUGUUUGAUAAUAUAUUGAGUGAUUUACAACCUGACACCUAUAGGUUAAUCUGUGGAUUAUUGGUUAUGUUAGAAGUAAGUUGUAGCGGUGAGUCAUUGUCUAAAACAAUCUGGUGUACACUGGAGAAAACCACCAUUAAUGUAUGGCAUUAGACAAAGUCUGAUGUUCCACAAUGGAUUAUGCUACAAUUUGAUUCAGUACGAACAGGAGAUGGAACACCUCAAUACAGAGAGCGAUAGUUUCUGUGGGUUUGGAGAGGAAGUGUUGAUAUAUACGAGUUAAAACCAUCAACAAUGUAUUCCUGCAGGAUAGGGCAACAGUGAUUGUCUCUAGAAAGUUGUCUUUGUAAAUUUUCUUUGUCGAUAUAUAUAUAUAUGUGACAAAAAAAAACAUUUUUAAUUCAACAAUACCUCGAUUUCCAGGUCUAGGAGUGAUAUCCGUGUGUGGAAACUUACCAUCAAGGAAGUGUACCACACAGGGAGUUUUCCAGCCCUUAACAGACUGACACAGCUCUCCUGUGAUACCCUAAUGACUAAUGGUGACUAGCCAACUAGGGAGCCAAUCCAGUCUCAACCAAAUGGAACCCUUAGUACCCAAGGAUGGUCCUCAGUCUCCAAGGGACAGUGUAUGUACCCAACUGCUCUUCCCAAGUGUUGCUGGACAAUGCAGCAAGAUCUUCUGAGUUCCACAUGACCUUGACCUUGGAAUUUUAAUUUCUCAUGACCUUGACCUUGGUAAUUUCAUCUUGACCUUGGAAUUUUCACCUGACCUUGGUUGUAAUUUCACCUCAUUUGCGUAUCAUGUUAUAGUUGAUUGGACAGAUAUUUUCUACCGUUUGUUGAUACAAUUGUUAUAGAAAGAAAUACUUUUGAAACAAAUUAAUAUUUAAUAUGACUACAAUGAUCUAUUCCAUAUUUGAUAGAACAGGCCACAUUUUAUUACAAAGUUAUAAGGAGUAUUUUUAUAUAUAUUAUCUGAGGGGAACAAGAUGACCUUCACCUCAGCCUGUGAUGUACAUACAAAGCUAUACAUAGACUGAGUGGGCUAUUUUUGGAAAUUUCUGGUUAAGUGUAACAAUGAUGAACCUUGAUUUGAUUCUGAAAUGGACCUCAUCAUUUCCAGUUGUCAUAAACAAGUACUACUGUGUUAGUGCAGCACUUGUGGCCCUGGAUGGAUUAACCUCAUCUUAAACAAGCCAUUAUAUAACAUCAGUGUUAUCGAUUCUGGCCGUUAUUUUAAAUUUCCUUUUUACCCCUACAAAAUCAAAAAUCUAUUGAAUAUUUUAAAUGAUCACUUAGUCUAAGAAUUCUCAGCAUAUAGAUUUUAACACUAAUAUUACUGUGCAGUAUUAUUAUUAGAGUUAUUCUACCACUUUUUUUUUUUUUUUCUAAUUUCUUAAAAAUAUUUUUUUUUUUUUUUUUCUACUAUGGAAUCAUUCAAUGUGAUUUCCCAUUUUCAGAGACAUUUAUGAUAUUUGUUCUACCAAAGUUUAUUUUAUUGUGCAUUUGUGAUAAUUUCAUAUGUAGAAAUAGUCUCGACUUCAUCUCAAUCUAAAUUCCUCAGUAUCAACCAUAAUUUUGGUGUGAUGAUGAUAUAAAAAAAACAAUUCACCAGAAGUAGAAAAUCAUUGAAAGGUUAGUAAGGUUCCAGAAACCCUGAAACUGCAUUGAAAUAAUCUUUGAGCGUUCUGAUCAUCAACAAAUAAAAUUCCAUUCAGGUCGGUAAAUGUUAAAUUUGAAUAUCCAUUUUUUGUUGAAUUAUUCAAUUAUGAAUAGUACAAGAACAUGUAUUUGGGGAGACAAAUUUUCCUCUGAAACAGUUAUGGGAUUGUGUUUUCUAUGGUAUGUAAAUGUUCAAAUUUGGACAGUUCACCUGUGUGGACUUCUAGUGAUUUGGACAGUUCACCUGUGUGGACUUCUAGUGAUAUGAAGGUUAUGUGCAAUAAGAUUAUAUUUAUACAUGUUUUCAUAAGUAAGGAUAAGGAUCGCUACGGAGUUAUUGUGAUUAAGAUUUCUAUUUUACCUGUUUAAGACCAGGUAUCUGAAGUCAGAAUAACUUAUAUAGAAUUUGCUUCCAAAAGGAAUCUUUCCGUGAAAUCUGUUAAACACAGAUUCAUUGAUAUUUUUCUUAUCUUUAUAGGCUAUGUACUUGUAUAGUAAUAUUUCAUAUUGAGAAAAUUACACAAUUUGGAGGAGACUUUGUGUGGUUUGAUAUUACCGGUAUCAGUGGAAAUUUGUAUGGUAAGGUGCUGGUAGGUUUCAACUGUUUGAUAUUUGCAUGUGACAGUUUUGAUUAGCUGAACAACUGUAAUUUAUAUGUAUAUAUAUUUUCCAAGAUGAACAUUUGGACAGAAAAUACAGUUUUCAUUAUAAGGUGCAUGGUAGACAAUACCAAGGAUCCAAGUCUGUCCUCAGCUGUACAACAGUGUAGUAAACAGUUGGUCAGUACAAUGUCUGGCAAUCAGUUUCACAGUUUACAGGUUUUUUAAAAACUUUUCAUGGAGUGAAAUAACCAUUUCCUUUUAAACUCACCUCGUCCAAAGGACUGGUGAGCUGGUGCGGUGGUGCAGCGUCUGUUGUCAGUCAACUUUUUUGUGCAAAAAAUACUUCAUCAACCAACUUUGGUGUGAAGCAUCCUUACAGGGGUGAGGAAGGGGGAACUAGUUUUGAAAAAAACAGUGAGUCUGGCCCCCUAGGGGCCUGCUAGGUGGGGCCCCAUGGGGAAAAAAAGCAAAUUCUUAAAUAUCCUUCAUUUGUAGGAAUGAGAAGGAUUUGGUCCAUAUUUGAUCCAAAGUAUCCUAUGUGAAUGGGAACCAUUUUGUGUUAAAUGUAGGUCUGGCCUAUGUAGGGCAGGGCCCAAUAAGGAAAAUAUAGCAAAUUCCUUAAAAUCCUUCUUUUUUUGGUGGAAUGAAAGGAUUUUGGUCUAGAGGAUGCAUGGGUUAAGGGGAACCAAUUUGGUAUGAAUGGUGGGUCUGACCCCAAGAGGCCUGAGGGUCGAAGUUCAAUAUGUAGAAUGCAGCAAAUUUUUUAGAAUUAUUCUUCUGUAGGAAAGAAAGGAUUUGAUCCAUAUUUGGUCUGUAGUAUCCCUGGGUGAUGGGGAACCAGUUUUGUAUAAUCAUUUGGACUUGCCCCUUAGUGGCCUGUGGGGCAGGGCACCCCAAUAGGGGAAGUAAAGCAAAUUCUUUGAGAUCCUUUUUCUGUAGAAAUGUAGGGUGUUUUGCCAUAAUCUCUCGUAUAUCCAGGUGAGCGAUACAGGUGCUCUGGGCCUCUUGUUAUCAUUGACAGAAAAAAUUAUCUGGCAUCUGAAACACUUUCGACAGUACUAGUGCUAAUGUCAUCCCAACUGGAAAAAAAAGGUGCAGAAAGGGAGAUAAUUUACUGGUGUAUUUUUGUCCCAAUACAGCAUGCUCCACAAAAUGGUUGAAUCUGGCAAGAUCAAUCUGUGAUUUUCAUCCAUGAUGCUCAUUAUUAGAAAUACUGGUAAUUUGUAUUUUAAUUUUUUUGGUGCAUUUUUAAAUGAUUUGUGAAACAUGCUUUUUAAUUAUUUGAUUCCUUUAGAUCAAUUCUGCUAAUAUUCUUAACUGAUUAGUUUUGCUUUCAAAUUAAUUAUCUCGGUAACAAGACAUUUCACAAUUUUUAUUUUAUUUCAACUUUUAAAUACAUGUCUCCACAGUAUGUAUUUCUUAACAAUAUUAAGAUGUUCAAUUACCAAAAAAUAUUCAUGGACCUUAAUGAUUUAAACUCAUGUGAAAAGCAAUAAUUUUCACGUUCAGUAAAUUCGGCAAUGUUUCAGUAAAUUCGGCAAUGUUUCAGUAAAUUCAGCAAUGUUUCAGUAAAUUCAGCAAGGUUUCAGUACAUUCAGCAAUGUUUCAAAAAUUCAGCAAUGUUAAAAUCCAGUAGUUCAAAGUAUCCACAUUUGUUAUAUUCCUGUUACCAGUUAGAUAUUCUAUUUCAAAGACAGACAUGUUUACAAGUGUAGAAAGGCAGCAGAUGUUGACUGGAGGAUGAGAGAAACUUCAAUAUGGUCUUGAAAAUAAUUAAUUUACUGGUAUUUAGUAUUCAUAGUUAUAAAAAGAAUGUUAUCAUUGAUUUUUACGUUAAUUUAAUUUAAUUUUUUUUUGUAUAUAUCUUUAUUAAAUUAUUAAUGCAAUCAAAACCCCAAAUCAUAGGAAAAGUCUCUUUUUCCUAAUAAAGGGAGGUAAACGUAAUAAAGGGAGGUAACCCUUAUAAAGGGAGGUAAACCUCCUAAUAAAUGGAAGUAAACCAUUGGCAAACUUCUAUUGAUGUUGCUGAUAAAGGAUAAGGAUAAGGGGCAAACCUUGUCAAGAGAGUUAAAUUGGCAAUUUUCUUGUUAUUGAUGAUCCUAAUAAAGGGAGGUAACCCUAAUAUAGUUUAGGUAAACCAUUGGCAAUUUUACUGAUAAUCUUAAUAAAUGUAACACUACAAUGUUGAUCCAGCUGUAUUGCCAAAAUCAGUUGUAAAAUUAGUAAAAGCUCAAUUUUUACAUUUUAUGUAUUUUGUAUGACAUUCCAUCUGUACCACGGUACCUGAUCAGUAUCACGAAGUAUCAUUCUGACCAAUCUCCUUUCCUUGAAUUGUUUUUGUUGUAAUCUCGUCACUACUCUCAACACCAUAUGGUGUAAUUCUUAAAUUCAAGUUUAUAUAAUCUACUGCUGCAAGUUUGAACAAAACCUGUCAUGUUUUCCACUGAGAUAUAUAGAUCUUUUUUUUAUAUAUAUAUUUGUAUAGCAGCGCACACCAAUCUGAUACUAGAUAUCAGAAUAUCUAUAUUACAACCUCAUGCUUCUCACAACAAAAUCUGAAUAUCAAAUUUAUUUAAUAUCACUGUUAUGUAAUUUUGUUUUAGUUUUUGGUGGACUAAAUCACCCUGUGUUCCUAGUCCAUUGUCUGUCCGUCCGUCUGUAAACAAUUCUUGUUAACACAAUUCCUUGAGAAGUACAGGAUGGAUAUUUCUCAAACUUCACAUGUAAGUUCACUAGGGUUCCUAGUUAUGCUAACCAAGGAGUCCAACUGAGAAAAUUAAUGGCAAAAGCAGCCUACUUGGGUUCUGACAGUUAAAUAUUGUUAUUGCUAUAUCUUGAGAAGUAAAGAUAUUUCUCAAACAUCACAUAUAGGUUCUUCUUGGUGCCUAGUUUUGCCUAUACAAAUUUGAGUCUGAUCUGAAAAUCAAAAUGGCUGACAUGCUGCCAUCUUGGAUUUUGACAAUUGAAAUUUGUUAUCAUUAUUUCCUGAGAAGUACUGCAGUGAUACUUCUAAAACUACACUUGAAUAUUUGGUCCAUUCAACUUUGAUUUUGAUUACAAAAACAAAAUAGCUGAAAGGCACCAUCUUUGAUUUUGACAGUUGAAGUUUGUUAUUGCUAUUUCUUGAGAAUUAAUGAAGGAUAUUUCAUACACUUGAUUAAUAGAUUCCGUGGUCCCUAGUUGUGUAUUCAAUUUUGAGUCAGAUCUUUCAAGAAAAAUGGCCAACAGACAGCCAUGUUUGAUAUUGACUGUUGAAAUUUAUAUUUCUCAGAAAUUUCUUCAAUUUUUUUUGCACUCCAUAUGCAGGUUCCACUUGUUAUCGAAUAAUUACCUUUGUUAUCGAAUAAUUACCUAAGAGGAAGAGGGAAAAGAACGGAAAAGUAGAGAAAAGAUUAGUCUUUCAUAGAACAAAUAAAGAUCCUUCUGGGAUCUCUUUCUUUUUUUUAAUUUUUUUUUCUAAUUUGACCAGUCAUGGUUGACUGAAGCACAAUAUUCUGUAACUUGUUUUAAUAAUUACUACAGAAUAUAAAACAUCAAAGCUGUAUGUGAAAGUUUAUUCAUCAUUCCGCUAUCAAACUGUUGAUACAUUCCGCGGAGGCCCAUAGGAUUUACCAUUGUGUUUUAUGUACUAGACAAACAUCAUGGGAUGCAUGCUGGCAUUGCAAACCAUGAUCUAGACAUUAUUUAUUAUCCGUCACCCAACAUUCACUUAAUUUGAUAUUAUUUCAUUUUAUAAACAUUGUUUCAGUCAGCUGUACAUUGAACAACAAAUUUCGAUCCAAAUAUCAAAUUAAAUAUAAAUAUAUAUACAUGUAUCUCAAAAACAAACAAAAAAUUCUUGAAAAUCUCAUUUCUCCAUUUCAUUUUUAGAAUUUUUAUAAAAACAUCUUUAUUAUUUAUCAAUUUUAAUUUAAAAACUCAGUUAAAUAUUGUUGUUUAUUUCACGACAAUAUUAAUGAUUUUUUUCAAAAUUGUUGAUUUUAUUUCAACUGAGAAUGGAUACCGGCCACGAGUUGAUGUUGGGUGAUUUUAACUGUUACCUAUAGAUGUGUGAUGUACUGGGCAAUGUUUUAUGUGUAGUCAUGCGUGUCAGAGUGAUAUCAUAAACCAAGCAAUAGACAACAGGAAACCUGCCUAUAACCACGUUAAAUGUUGAAGGUUGUACCUGUGAUCGAGGAGAGUGCUAGGGUCUGUGUGUUAGUGUGUGGAUGUACAGGAUAUGAGUAUGUGGACAAAUGAGAUGUGUGGUGGGUCUAUUGGAGAAUUUUUGCUAUUGUUGUGAUGUACACAAUUUUAUGGGUGCUUCGUUCAAUAGUGAUGACAAAUUCAAACAUCUAUGUCAAUAAAUUUAUAGAAAACUA